CACCACAAUCCAAAGCCUAAAAAUAAGGCAGUACCAACAUCAACUGCAACAAACGCCAGCACCAUCACCACCAACAACAACAGCAGCUACACAUCAGAAAAAACAGCAUCAUCCCAAUUUUUUUUUUCCCCUUUCUAUCUGCUGCUUUGCUUUUUUAUUCCCCUCAGCCCAAACCUUUUUCUCUCAUACCUCAUCAAAAAACCAUCCCUUUCUCUCUCUAGAAAAAAACUCUUAUCUUUCUCUCUCUAGAAACAGGCAAAGGAAAAAAAUCAUGCCAAAAACAAGGAAAGAAGAAAGAUGGAAACAACUCCACGCAGACUCCCAUCAAAAACAAAGAAGAGUCCACACUACACCCAACUCUCUCUCUCUCUCUCUCUCUCUCUCUCUCUCUCUCUUUCUUCAAUGGCCCAGCUGGACCAAAAUUUAUGUAGAAGAAAAACAAAAAAGAAAGAAUUGGAAAGAUAGAGAGAGAGGAGAUAGAUGUCUUCAAAUGUCCUCCAACCAAACCCACCUCACGAAAAAACUUCUUUCUUUCUAUUUCUCUUUUCUCUUUCUCAACAGCACGAAAUUAAAAACUCUCUUGCCAGAAAUGCCCUUCUGCAACCCCCCAAAAAAUCCCAUCUUCAUCACUGUCUCAACUAUCAAAAGAAACAUUUUUUUCACCGAAUUAUGUGGGCUUCUUUGGGGUUUCUUGGUCUUGGUCAGAGUUGCACAGAGAAAACAGGAAAGCGAGAACCUUCCCACCCUCCUCUAUCUCUAUCUCUCUCUCCCUCUUUCUUGCCUCUAUCUCUCUCUAACCUCUUCUUUUAUUUCUUUUAUUCUUGCUUGCCCAUAUUUCUUCUUUCCUCUUUCUCAUCGAGGGUUUUCUUUCUCUUUCCUCCCUUAUUUCUCUGUAAUUGUUUGUUUUUGGUUUUUGGAUUGUUGUUCUUCCUCUUUCUCUCUGUGAUCCAAUGAAGAUGAAAGGUGCCGUUGCUCCGAUUGAGUCUUCUCUCUUCGCCGAUGUUUAUGUGGAUCCGAGGACCCGGUUCAACAAGCAUCAGAGUCUUGCGCAAGACUAUAAAGAGUUGCAGAAGGAAACUGAGGCCAUGAAAAAGAAGCUGCUGAUCAUGAAACAGAAAAAAAUGACUCUGAUUGCUGAAGUCAGGUUUCUGAGAAGAAGAUACAAAUAUCUCAUACAGAAUAAGUCUUCAAAGACUCCAAAAGCAAGAACUUUCAUGCAACCGCAGAAUUCAGAUUUACGAAGUAAACAAAUUAUUAAGGAAAUGAAGUACAAUGGAAAGGAAGCUGGUUUGCCGCCUCCUGUUCCGCGUUUUGACUUGAACCAAAAGGGAAAAGUUCACGUCGGAAAGGAUGCUACGCAUGUGCGAACUUCUGCUCCAAUUUUUGAUUUAAACCAAAAGCAUAGGAUUUACAGCCACGGGAAUGAGGCCUUGCGGAAUUCCUUCAUGAUUCCUGACUUAAACUUAGCAGAAAGGGUUUAUAACAACGGAAAGGAAACCACAAUGCGAAGCAUGACCCCAGUUUUUGACUUAAACCAGAUUUCGAGGGAGGAGGAGGAAUUAGCGGCUUGUGGAGAGACAAUGUUGGUGGAGGACUUGAAGAACAAUUCAAUCAGAAGCGGAAACGAGGAGCUGCUAAGUGACAUGAAGUUAUCAGUUUGUAGGAACAUUGGAAAUGGGUCAAACCGGGCAGGGAAGAGGAAGAUUUCAUGGCAAGAUCAAGUGGCAUUGAGAGUCUGAGUUUUUCUUCAAACUUGGAAGUGAAAAGAUCAUAAUGCUAUAUAGUUCUGGUGGGGGUUAAAGCCCUUGCCUUGCCUUGCCUUGCCUUGUUAUAUGUAGGUCUCAUUCUUUACUUUGCUUGAUUUUUCUUUUUUUGUAAAGAUAAAGAGGGAUAUAUUUAGAGUUUAUAGGUGAUGGGGUGGAGGGUAAGACUCAUGUAUUGCUAAUCUUUAGAAAGUAAGGUUGUUUACUUAUGGUAAGUGUCUUUCUUGCUAAUUAGCUGGAUUAGGUUAGGAAGAAAUUUGAAAUUCCACAAGCUAUUGUUAGAUUGAUACAGUAUUUAUUCCAAUUUCCAGAUGCAGUUCCUUUUGCA